UACGACAGGACACUUUCGCUCCACAUUUGGAACCAUCGUUUAGCAACUAUGAAGCUGCUGUUCCCUCUGCUGUUCCUGGCUUUGGUCGUCGCUGUUUAUGGCUCCGCCGUGGAGCCAAAACAGGAGGCGAGUGACGAUGCUGCCGAGUACGCCAGGGUACACCUCGACCACCGCGUGGGCUACCCGCGCCUUGGGAGGUGGGUCCGCGGAAGGUGGUGGUACCCGUGGUACGACAGCGAAGACCAAGUUCCUGCCGCGGACAAGGAAACCCUGAAGGAGCUGGGCACGGAAAUGGCUGACGAACUCGAACAACUCGUGGCCGGGACAGAGGAGGAAGAAGUCCUAGACGAGCUAGAAGAGCAAGCGGAGGCAGAAGAGGAGGCAUCAGAGUAUGGCGUAGUGAGGAGGCGGCUUCACAGAUGCCACACCAGGCGUCGCUUUGGUCUGCCAUGCCGUCCUCUGCUGAGGCACCGCGUGAGGCGUCUUCCCGUUCACCGCCCCCUUCGCCCUAGACUCUGAAAAGGGUCGUCCGAAGGGAUGCUGCAACUCAUUCUCCGAUUAAUAAAAAGAGUCUGAGGAUUGCGUGAAAAAAAAUGAGUGUGCUGAUUUAGAAUAUGU